AUGGUUUCUCUGUAUAAAGCACAUCGGUGUCAGGAAUCAAGAGUUGAUGCGUUGACCAGAUAUGGAGAGGCUUUGACAGCGACCAGAAGUGCUAUUCUUGAUCCGAAGGAGAAGAUCAUGAUGAAGAUGCAGGUUGUUUCAAUCAUGUUUGUUUGCCAUUACUGGGUAGACCGUAAAUCAAUCGAACAGCAUCGAGAGGUCAUAUCAGUGUUAUUUCGCGAAGCUGUUAUGAAAAAACAGCUCGAUGACUUGGGCGACUACAUGGUUAUGGCGAGCUUCUUGAACCCUCAGUUUGAGCUAGGUCCCUGGUUCUGGGAAGCGUGCCAUAAGAUCGGCACUCCACGACCAGUCAAAUACCACCAGGGAAGCUUCCUGAGCCUAGAAUCUGGAACCAUGGGAGAACUAUCUAUCCUGAUGCGCUCGCCGAAGAAGAACCUUCGUCAACUAAGAUCCAUUUACGACGUCAUGCAGUUCGAGAUACCCAAGGUCCGACAACUCCUCGCCCUAGCAACCAUAUCAACAGCGGCACCCAACGCACCAGCCAUGACAAUACGAGUCUGUAGUUCGUACAGAGUAGCAUAUGGAAUCCUACUCGCCAUGACUGCCGUGAUUGGAUAUACUCUGCGAAUCUGGGAUACAGACUUGACGCUAGUGGGGAAUUCACAUGACUGCGUUGAUGAGUGUAUUGCUUUAGUAGAGCAGUGUGAAAGUGCUCGACCGUACGGUGCCAACUUUGUGCCGGACUUUCUUACAAUGGUAUGGGCAGCAACUGCGGAUGGUUAUAGAAACGAUGAGAUGGCGGAGUACUUGGUUGAUUAUGAAAAGGAUUCUAUCGGGGCGGAUUUUAUGGGGCAGGCUAUGUCAAUAAGAGAAAGACUGUUUGCGAUGGAGGCAAGGGAGACAGCGGAGGAGGCAGAAGUCAUUCUGAACCCGGGGCUGGAGGCUCUGGUGAAGAGGCCGGUGGUCAGCGUACAGGAGAUUCAGCCAGCUGUCAGUGAGUGUGUUUUACUGUAA